CGAAGAUAUAUCCCGGAACUACUCGUGGAAUGUGAAAGUAGGGUAUCAAAAUAAAGAAAAACCCGACGGAGGAAUAGGUAACCAGACACCAUGACUUCUGAGCUGAACUCCAUCAAUAUGAAAUCCGCUGACCUUAUUAAAAAGGAGCCUCUGGACUACGGCGGUUUCGGUACCGUGUACCUUUGCUAUCACAAAACCCUAGGUCAAGUGGUUCUGAAAACCGUCUACACCGGGCCACCGCGCAAUGAUGGCAGUAAGCAAUCACUGCUAGAGGAGGGUAGCCUGAUGAAAAGUUUGAACCACGAGAGGGUGGUCAAGCUCCUGGGAGUGAUCCUGGAGGAUGGGGACUACUCUCUGGUGAUGGAGCUUAUCCCUAAAGGCAAUCUGUUGGCUAUGCUGGACCGGGUCACUGUGCCGAUAUCAAUUAAGGGCAGGAUCAUAUUGGAGAUUCUGGAGGGCAUGGUGUACCUUACGAAGAACCAUGUCAUACACAAAGAUCUUAAACCAGAAAACAUACUGGUGGACAAAGAUUUUCACAUCAAGAUUGCAGACCUGGGCCUGGCCACCUGUCAGAACUGGAGCAGGCUGACUAAGGAGGAGUCUCGAAGGCAGAGCCGGCUGGGGCGGACCGGGGCCUCGGGGGGCAGGGCAGCCGGUACUCUGUGCUACAUGGCUCCAGAGCACCUGGACAGCAUCAACACACGAUCCUCUGAGAAGUCUGACGUCUACAGCUUCGCUAUUGUCGUUUGGGUCAUACUUGCCGGCAGAGAGCCGUAUGAAAAUGCCCGUGGUGAGGACCACAUCUGCCAGUGUGUCCGUAAAGGAGAUCGUCCUGAUGAAGACUUGAUCCCUGAUCACACUCCUUUAGAGAUCAUAGAGCUAAUGAGGAACUGUUGGCAUCAGGAUCCACAACUACGCCCAACAUUUGAAGAGGGCUACAACUUCUUCCUUCCUGUCUACAGACAGAAGUUCGAGUCUGAUGUAGAGAAGGACUCUCAGGGCCUCAGAGAUCUUUAUGAUGGGCCUGAGGAGCUGGUGGAGAAGAUAAAAUGCUUUGUCAUGUCCACUGAGAGCGACAGAGCAGAUCGGCCAGCUCCCUUGGUGAGCUCAGACGGUCAGGGUGUAAAUAUCGAGGCUGAACCGGUGGAGGCCAGCAUUGAUGACCUCCUCUUCAUCCCCUGUGAACCCUCCAUAAUUGAGUCAGAUGCCCGGUGCCUAGUCCCUGCUCUCAGCCCUUCGUGCUUAGACCAAAAACCUUUCCGCCGCCCCUCAGACCUGGAUGUCAAGCUUACCCAAGAGUGGGAGUACCACAAACACGGUAGCUACAGCCGUGUGGACCAGGUUGACUCCAGACCCUGCCCUCACCCCCGGCCGCCCCGCAGCGCCUCAGCUCACAGGACCCCAACGCUGCCAGAGGCCUCCAGGAAAACAGGCUCUCACACCCAGCAGCGUGGAGAUGGAACCCUACCCCUCUCUCACUCACGUAGGCCUGUACGAGGCUGCAGCCGCUCCCUCCGCCGCUACACACCCAGACGCCAGCUGUCCAGCCACCUGCCGGAGUCUUCCAGUAGCCCCUCCCAAAUCCAGGGCCUGUCGUCCCCUCAGCUGUUUCCCUUCACCCAGCACGACCACCCCCCGUCCUGGACAGCCUACCCAGUGUCAGAGUCGGCUGCCCCAGACCUCACUGCCGGGCUGCACCUGAACUCAGGUGUCAAGGUUGGACCGUCACAAGAUUCAGGAGGCCUGUUCAUCCAGAAUGCCAGUGGGAUCCAAAUAGGCAGCAACAACACACUGAGCAUCGGGCGUGAGUCUUACAGCAGCUCAAGCAGUUCACUCACCAAUGGGAACAGCCCACAGUCUCUGUUCAAAGAGACCCUGCAGUUUUAUGGUACGAAUAUGAUAAUAAAUGACGCAGAGAGUCUCCCUUUGGCCGUCAAAACAGCACGGACCUGCCAAAGCGUGGACUCCACUAUACCUCCGAAGUGUUAUGUUGGCUCCAGGGAUCAGCCUAUUGCCUCCCUGGCGCAUCAGCACAUACAAUGGCUGCGAUGCCCGGGGGAAAACCUCAUAGUGGCCCCGGGGAUAAACCUCAUAGUGGCCCCCGGGAUAAACCUCAUCGUGGCCCCCGGGAUAAACCUCAUCGUGGCCCCCCCAGCGCAUCAGCAUGACAACCGUCUGGAUUGA